CGAGAAAGCCACCUCGAGUUUUGACCCGGCACCGCCAAGCGCGGCUUGCCUUGCUUGCCUCGCCAGCCAGGCGCAUCCUUUUUCCAAACUGAUGACUGAGAAGGAGACUGUGGUGGAGGAUAGCGACUAUGUGGAGCUGCCUGCGGCACCCGUCAGCCGCAUCUUCAGAUCCACUGCGAGCGUGAAGUUCCUGCGGCAGCUCUCCUGGAUCGCAGAGCAGCAGGCAGUGAACAAGAUCGGCGUGAAGAUGGAGCUCGAGACUCGGAGACUUGGAGACGCCGCCGGACAUCGCGAGUCGCGAGCCCCUAGGCGAUACAGAGUUGGUCGAAGGCCAUCGGCGGCAGUGGUCUUCCUGCUCAACUCCUUGACCGGGUUGUCGCUUCUGACGAUGCCCUUUGGCUUCCAACAGAGCGGAGUCAUCCUGGGCUCUCUGACCGUCUUCGCCUCCAUGGCUGUGUCCUACAUCACAGCAACCUUCAUGCUGGAGGCCCUGACCAUCGCCAACGCCUUGAAUUAUGAGAAGGCCGAGGAGAAUGCCCUGGAGAAUGAGCCGGAGCGCCGCGAGCGUCUGAGGGACGAGCGGAAGAAUAUCGAGGAGAAAGUUGAGAAAGGCAUCAGCGACUCGCCCCCGUUCCGAAAGGGCACGCUGGAAUAUUUCAAGGAAGAGAUGCGGAAGAAGAACGCAUGCAGAGAGUUCAAGAUCAGGGAGCGCGUGGAGCUGGGCGCCAUGGGCCAGCUGGUGCUCACCUCCGAGUUUUCGGGCACCGCGGCGAACUUGAUCUACAUGGUGAUUGUGAGCUACACCUACGGCACGGCUUCCGCGCUGGUGGUCACAGUGGCGACGUCCUGGGGCCACACCAUGCAGAACAUCGCGACACUCUGCGGCCUCGAGCUUGACGAGAUGCUUGCCUAUAACGUCAGCGUGAUCAUCAGCUUUCUGAUCACUGUGCCCUUGUCCUUUGCCGACCUGCAAAAGACCAAGAAGUUUACGUUCGUCAUCAUGGUGUGCCGCUUUGCGGCCAUCCUCAUCCUGCUGCUGGUGGCAUCCUGGCAGUCCUACCGACGGGUGCAGGAGGAAGGCUGGACCACGGUGAUGAAGGGCGUGCCCCUGUGGCAGCCCAGUGGCUUUGUGGCGGUCUUUGGCAACUCUGUCUUCCUCUUUGGGCUCCACCACUACCUGCCCAGCAUGAUGUCCCCGCUGGAGCCGCAGUCGCAAGCACCAGGAGUGAUCAGAUGUGGCUUCGGCAUUUGCUACUUCCUGCUGGUCGCCGUGUGCUUCACUGCGCUCACGGCCUGGGGCGGCGAGACUCAUGCAAAGUGUGCAUCUCAUCCUGGCGGGCACUUCUGCUCAAUCCAGCCAUUGUACAACCUCAACUUCUCGCCCUUGUCACUCGGCGGAGGCUCGGUUGCCCUCUUCCUCCUAGCGUACCCUGCCAUGGCCAUUGCGAGUAUCCCAGUGGCUGUCAUCACCACCCGCAACACCAUCGGCCAAUGGCUGGGCGGGUGGCUGGAAAAGCGUGGCGUUCCGCUUGCACGGCUGCAGGAGUCCUACACCAGGCCCAACAUCAUCCUGACGCUCUUCGUGGUGACCCCACCGUUCGUCGUGGCCCUCAUCACACAGAACGUGCAGGCAGUGAUCCAGUACGUGGGCGGCUACGCGGGCUUGACGGUCGCGUUCUUUUGCCCCACGAUUCUGCUCUACAAGUGCCGACAGGCCUUGAAGCUGGAUGACAUGGACGCGCCGGCGGAUCGACCGUUGAAGUCCUCCUUCGCCAACCGCUUCGGGUACACCUUGGUCUACUGCUCCUAUGCCAUUGCGCUCUACAUGGUCACGCUCAAGCUCUUCUUCACCUGAGUUGCGGGCACUGUUUCGCAUUUUUGGAACGGGAUGUUCGCUUGCAGCAGGCCUUCGGCCCUCGCUGGCCCACGCUCGAAGGCUGGGCGUGGGCGAUGGCGGGAGGUGCUGAUUGAUUUGAAGCAGCGACCAGCUGCUUUGAUCUCAUGGAAGGGUCGCCCGCGCCGCCGGGGAAGGGGGUGAGAAUCGGGGGUUCAGUGGCGCUCCAAUCUGGU